GCGAGUUUCGCCGCAGUCAGCUGGGGUUGCACGAGCAGCAGUGGGAGCGGUUCGUUACAGCCCACUGGUAUGGGAGGGGGAGGAGCGACAAAAGGGGCCAAUGGUUGUUCGUCGUUGUGCGUUUUUCCAUUGCCAUCUAUUGGACUGUGUGCGUGUUGUCGGAUGCUCUUCUGCGUGGUGUUGGCGUCGGUCCCAUGUGCGACCGGUUACCGACGAUGCGAGAAAAAUGGCUGAUCUAUCUCACUCGCUUGUCUGCUGUGCUUGAGGCGAUCUACUUCCUUCUCUCGGCUGUUGUCUGCUUACUUUUCACCCUCGAGAUUUAUCCCUCCUGUCGGUCAGCAGCGCGGCCUUCUCGCUUCGAACCCGCUUAUGGCGAUGACGGAUCACUCACGGGUUCUGUAGAUAAAGAUUCGAAGUACUCACAUCAUUCUUCAGGAAAGGAGGUUAGCGGCAGGGUACGUGUCGACGUGGUGGACGAAGGACGUGUCCACGUGGGCAACGAAGGACUUGUUCACGUGGGCAACAACGGGCACGUGUACGUGGCUGACGAGGGGCACGUUCACGUGGCCAACGUGGCUAACGAAGGGCUCGUCCACGUGGCCAACGAGGAGCACGUCCACGUGGCCAAUAAUGGAGCAGAAACUGGUUCGCUAGAUGCAGAUCCCAUGCACGUAUCGGACAGUACGUGUUCAGGGAGGCACGCUUGCUGCAGGUUGCAUGUCGACGUGGUGAAAGAGCAAUCGAAAACUUGUUCGCUAAAGAGAGGUUUCACGUACUCGUUGGGCGAUUUUUCAGCGAAUCACGCUGCAUGCAGGGUUCAGGUCGAUGUGGGCAGUGAGGGAUCAGACAUUGUUUUAGUAGAUAGACCUAAGUACUCUCAGACUGAUGCUCUUUCCGGACCGCACCGUAGAUGCAGGCUGCAUGCAGACGUGGCCGAGUCGAAUGGCAGGUUGCAUGCAGACGUGGCCGACGUGAAAAGCAGGUUGCAUGGAGACGUGGCCGACGUGAAAAGCAGGUUGCAUGCAGACGUGACCGAGUCGAAUGGCAGGUUGCACGCAGACGUGGCCGACGUGAAAAGGAGGUUGCAUGCAGACAGGGCCGACGUGAAAAGCAGAUUGCAUGCAGACGGGGCCGACGUGAAAAGCAGGUUGCAUGCAGAAGGGGCCGACGUGAAUAGCAGGUUGCCCGCAGACGGGACGGACGUGAAGGGCAGGUUGCAUGCGGACGUGGCAGACGUAAAGGAGCGGACACAAAUUUGUUCGUCAGACAAAGGUGCAAAGAACUCUGAGGGGUGUUCGGACAAGGACGCUAGUUGCAGACAGCAUGUCGAGGUGAAUGGCGAUGGAAACGAGUGUCACAAGCAGUUCGUCGCCGAGGAGAAGAAGAGGGGUCCGGGCGGAGAUGGUGGCUGUGGCGGGCAUUGUGUGCAGGAGAAGGGAGAUGGCAGCAACUGCCUGCAGGUGGCAGGGGAGUCAAGUCACCCCAAGCUCCUCGAGCUCCCUUGGGUCUAUCGCAUGAUCUGGGUGCUGCGGAACGUCCAAGCAAGUUGCACUUUCGAAGUCUUCUUCUUCUUCUCCCUGUGGGCAGCCCUGUAUUCCAUACCCUACGAUGCUCUCGACACUCAAAUCCAUUGCAUGAACUUCCUGAUCACACUGGCUGACGUCGCCCUGUCUGCGAUCCCGAUGCGAAUCCUACAUUUCUAUCAACCUGUGGCAGUCGGGAUCGCGUAUUGCACUUUCACUGUCGUCUUCUGGGCUGCUGGCGGUCGGAACGAGAAGGGCGAGCCGUACAUAUACAUUACGCUGAAUUACGAAGAGGAACCUGAGAGGGCGGCUGUGUAUCUUGUCAUACUAUGCCUGCUUGUUGUGCCGAUCACUCAUUUCCUGUUCUGCUUGUGGAGUUACACGUGGUCCCGUAUCCUCGCGCCACGUAGACACCAUGCCUCUCGUCCUUCCGAACUAGCAGAUAGUACGAUCCCUGAGGAGACUGUUCGGGUAUAGCGAGAGCGAUGAAGAGAGAGAGAGAGAGAGAGAGAGAGAGAGAGAGAGAGAGAGAGAGAGAGAGAGAGAGAGAGAGAGAGAGAGAGAGAGAACUUGCAAGAACACUUCAUCGGGUGAUCGAAGCCUUACGCGUGCAAGCUGGUGAUUGGCCUGCUAAGUGCUGCCUCUGCUCACACGAGUUUUCCAGAAGGAGAAAGGGCGGAGGCAUAGAUCGUUUAAGCUCAGGUAGGAACAGAUUGCCAAAACGGCUCUCCAUUGCCUGCAUUUGAGUUGACGGACCAGAGGAACCGUUGAUAAGCGGACCUGAGCUCGAAUCCUGUGGCGGACUCAGAACUUCAGAAGUAGAAGAACCAGUCCUUGCUCCGGGAAGUGUUCAGCUUGCUUCAUGUGUGUGUUCGUUUGUUUCUGUGUGUGUACCGGACGUAUCGGCCGCAUUUGGCUGUUUGUUUAGGGUAGAUCCUAAUUUCACCGCGAAACCAGUGCAUCUUCAUUAUGACUGUAUCAGGCCGGAAAGUUUGUAUUCGUUCAUGUUUAGGCAGCGUUGUGUGCACGAGGGAGGAGGGUAGCGUAGUCCUUCUGUCCUUGCUGCGUGUGUUUGCCUUUGUUAAUGUGUAUGUGUGCGUUUUUGUGUGCUUUGUUGGUAUGUUUGCGUGUGUUUUGUUUUCGUGUCUGUGCGCGUGUGUUUUGCCAUGUUCACUACACACAACUCAGAACAGACCAUGACUGUCCCAGACUGUUUCAUCGGACAUCCACCGACUCAACAGGUCGUUGAGCCCCGACAGUCUGCCCAGGAUGUCUCUGUGUGUGUGUGUGUGUGUGUGUGUGUGUGUGUGUGUGUGUGUGUGUUUUCGUGUUUGCUACUGUGUGUCUUUGUCUGCUUACGUUUCUCUGUGUGUGUGUUGGUCUCUUUCUGUGUGUGUUUGUCUACUUACGUUUCUGUGUGUGUUUGUGUGUGUGUGUGUGUGUGUGUGUGUGUGUGUGUGUGUGCGUGUGUGUGUGUGUGUUGCUAUUGGGCGACUGGCUGCUGUGUUUGGAAAAAGGGAGCAGCAGCUGCUUAGUACAGAUGAGAAUUUUAAGAGUGAGGAUGACAAGACACUAUGCAGCCUUGACCGCUGGUGAUAUCGUUGCUUGUGUCGGUUCCGACUGGGCGACUGACUGUUGUGUUCUGAAAAUAUAGCAGCAGCCUUUUUUCUGUCGGCAUUUCUCCUUUUACCGAUAUGGUCCAGAAGCUUGUGUGUUUUGCGAUUUCGGUGAUUGAGUGCUGUGUUUGGAAAAAGCCAGCAGCAGCUGUUUAUUGUUCGCGAGCUGGAUUUUGUGAACCCUUGACCGAUGGUUAGCUUGUCUGUUGGUAUUGGGCAACGGACUGCCCAAUACCAAGC